AUGGCCUCGUUCCGGGCGGUGAGGAGAGCACUAUGCACCGCGGCAGAAGCGAGUCCAGCCCCGGCCGCCACCCCGAGCCCCAGCCCGGCUCCUGGGGGCCGCUGGGAGAGGCUGAAGCAGAGUAAAGCCGGCGUGUGGAUCCGCAGCAUGUUCUCUGACUACAAAGAGGCGUGUAGGGAGGUGGCGGUGGGGGCCCGGGAGCGGCCCCUCAAAGCCACUGUGUACGUCAGCCUGCUGGGAGGAGCCUACGCCUGCUUCUACACCAAACCCGACCAGUCGUCCUUCUACGCCGCGCUGCUGGACCGCUCUAACCAGCUGGCGCUGCUCUCACCGUGGAUCCGCAACGCCGCCUCCGACCGCCACGUCCAGAGCCUGAUGCAGCAGUGGAACCAGGGCCGGCUGCGGCACCUGGGCCUGGGCCUGUGCUCGCUCAUCUACAGCACAGACUUUGACCCUCAGAGCGCGCUGUACGAGGCGUCCUGCUCUAACCUGGCCGUGCGCUGGAGGGACCUGCCCCACCGGGUCCUGGACGUGGGCUUCGCCGGCCGCUGGUGGCUGCUCGAACGCAGCAUGGAGGACUUUGACGUCAACGAGGACGAGUUCAAGCACCUGCCAUCGCACAUGCAGGCCACAUCUCCCCCUAGUGUUCAGGAGGUGGAGAGGAGCGAGCAGCUGCACAAGGACUCUUGGCUCCCAAUAGCUGUCCAAGAAGAAGAAGAAGAAGAGGAGGUCCAGGUCCAGGCCUCAUCCCAACAGGACCUCCUGAGUCCAGAGCCAGCAGACACUCAGCGCACUGUGACUGUGGAGACACCGCAGGAACCAAACAGAGAGACCACCACAGAGGAGGAGACUGUGGAGACACCGCAGGAACCAAACAGAGAGACCCCCACAGAGGAGGAGACUGUGGAGACACCGCAGGAACCAAACAGAGAGACCACCACAGAGGAGGAGACUGUGGAGACACCGCAGGAACCAAACAGAGAGACCACCACAGAGGAGGAGACUGUGGAGACAGAGGCACGGGACGCAACUGGAUGGACUUUAAAUGUACAGGAAGAAACCAGAGAGAACAUUCAUGUAGAAGGAGAGACUGGAGAGGACCUACAGAUACAGGGAGAGGCUGGAGAGGACCUACAGAUACAGGGAGAGGCUGGAGAGGACCUACAGGUACAGGGAGAGGCUGGAGAGGACCUACAGGUACAGGGAGAGGCUGGAGAGGACCUACAGGUACAGGGAGAGGCUGGAGAGGACUUUCAUGUAGAGGAGAUGCAGAAUGACACUGUUGUUGUGGAGACUGUGGACACUAAAGAGAAGGAGGAGGAGGGUGUGGAGCAGAUAGAGGCACAAAGUCUGAGAAACUGA